AUGAAAAUCCACCAGGAUGUCCAUCAAAUUCACCAACAGUAUGGGGACUACGUGAGAGUCGGUCCCAUGGAAGUUUCUAUCAUUGACCCUGCGGCAUUGAACCCUCUGUAUGGUCAUUCUUUAGAGACAGCUAAAGGACCUUGUUACAUAUUGAUGGAGCCCCUGGAUGGCCUUGUCUUUACUCGUGAUAAGAAAGAACAUGCCCUUCGCCGGAAGAUUGUGGAUCAAAGUCUUAGCAGCAAAGCUCUCGUGAUAUACGAGCCAGUGAUAGCCAAAUGCACCGAGCAGCUGUUGCAGAUAAUUGAGAGCCGAUCGGGUAAUCCACUUAACAUAACUGACUGGCUAAAGCGGUACAGUUUCGAAAUCAUGGGCCAUCUUAUCUUCGGUAGACCGUUCAAUACAAUUUCCGAGGAAGGGGGAGAUACCUUUCUACUGGAUUCUAUUCAUUCUGACACGGUUAUGAUGGGAUAUUUGAGACAUAUGCCCUGGAUACCAGCCCUCCUGAUCAAGACACCCUUUUUUCGAAAGACGAACACGCGAUUCUGGACAUGGCUCGAGACUAACUUUAGGCAUAGAACAGAGAACGGAUCACAGAAUCCUGACAUCUUUUCCUGGCUCCUCAGUGCACAUGAAAAGAGUCCAAAGACAAGGCUAGAUACCUACAAGCUACAUGGUCUAGGGUACUCUAUCCUACUCGCUGGAAGCGAUACGUCAUUCUCCGCGGCUACAAACGUUUUCUUCAACCUAGCGCGCGAUCGCGCACUUGCACACAAUUUGCAGCAAGCAUUGGACGAUGUUCCCGACAUGAGCGAGCAUAACCUGCGGAAAAUAGUUCUUCUGAACGCCGUAAUCUAUGAGACGCUUCGCUUAUGUCCGCCCGCUGCCGCGGGGGUUCAACGCAUUACCCCCAAGGAAGGCAUCCGCAUAGGGGAAAACUAUAUUCCCGGCAACGUUCUCGUCCAAAUCCCUAUAUACUCCAUCCAUAGAGAUGAACGCUCAUUUGAGCGGCCUGAAGAAUUCCUCCCCGAGCGUUGGACUACAAGACCUGAGCUAAAUGCAGGAAACCGGGUUUUGGAAACUUGGUGGGGCUUGGUCCUUCUCUUAAAGAAGCCACAACGCAUAAAGAAGCCAGCGUUGUGGCAUCUAAUAAGGCUUUCGGGGGUAGAGCUGAAGUUCCCGUCGUCAUCUCUACCACGAGUUGCAACUGCUUCCCCCACAAUAUCUAGCAAGGUCCUGCAAAGGCUUUCGGGGUUUCCCAAGGGAUCCCGGGAGGUUCUCAUAAUCCUUGGGACAUCAGUGUUGCUAAAGCCUGCAGCACACUGGGUUUACUCGUACUUCUUUGCAGGUCGGUAUUCACCAGUGGAGGGUUACACAGCUUAG